UCCUCAGCCCCUCAGACCGCCCUGCCUAAGAUGGCCGCUGCCCGCCACGUUCCCUCUAGCCCGCGCAGCCCCUAACUCGGUGCCCCUCGGAGGCUCGCCGCUGCCGCGCCGCCGCCCUCGCUGGCCCUCCAGGAUCGGCACCCCGGCAGGCGGCGCGCUGCCGCCGCGCGGCGGGGGCCGCUCCGGGGGGAGCGGCGGGAUGGAGGCGCUGCUGGCCUGGCAGUUCGAGGACUCCCUCUUCGCCCCGAGCCGGGAGCGGGGCUCGGGCGGCGGGGCCGGGCCGCCCUGCGGCGCGAAGCACUGCGAGCCCCGCUGGUUUUGCAGCGAGGCGGACGGCGGGGAAGGCGCCGGAGGGCUAACGGCCAGCAAGUUCCGGGCGGACUGGGCCUACCGGCAGCAGGAGUUGGAGAAAGCCCUGUGUGAAUACUCAAACUGCUUACUACUCUUACCUCCCAGUAACAUUGCGAUGAGACGAGAUGUCCAAGAGGGCCAGGCUCGGUGUUUAUCUCGCCUAGGAAGGCACAAGGAGGCUCUCGAUAUUGCAGAAAAAAUGAGAAACAGCGCUACUAACACAGAUCACUUAACGACAGUUCUCAACCUGCAGUUUGCCAUUUACCAGGGUCUGGAAAACGUAGGAAAAAAGAUCACGUGUCUGCAGCAACUGAUCUGCUUACAUCCUUUCAACCCUUGGUACUGGAAGUUACUUGCUGAAGCUUAUAUGAGCCUUUUACAGAGUCUGUCUCCACUAAUCAUUCCAGAAACAAAUCUGAAUCAGUCUGAAGAGGUUAGUGUAAGUGAUAGUAGUUUCAAAACAUCAACUGGAAGAGAGAUUAAUUUGCAGCCUCACAGAUCAAAUGACCAGAAAGAAGGCCCUUGGUCCAGCCUUGCUGCAGAAACAAAGAGGGAGAGUGCAGUGACUUGUGGCAGCAGCCAAACCGUAAAAGAAUUCCUCUGCACUUCAGAAGAACCGGAAAGGAAGGACAAAGGGAAACAUGCAGCCUCUGGGUCCUGGAAGCAGAACAUGCCGAAGAAAGUUGGGAUAAAGGCAUGUGCCUCAUUUAUUAGAGCAAGGCUUUUACUUCAGCUAACCCAGUUGCAACAGUCAUCCUUUGCACUAGAGAAUAACGUAGAAGGUCAAAAAGAAAUUGACGACAAAGUGACACGACUUGGUUUCAGUGAAAACUCCUUGCAGUUGAUGACCAAGGUUAUGGGGCAGGAUCUUAUACCAGAAAAACUAAAAGAGGAAUUUCAGGGUGAGGUAAAAUGCAUAGGCCCUUCAGCGCUGUCAUCAUUGGUAACUGCAUCAGCCACAGAAUUUGAAAUCAAGUGGUUUGGUAAUCUCCAAGAUGAUUUAUGUCACUUUGACAGACAAUUCUAUUCAGAGAUAUAUAUCCCACCUUCAGUAACUUAAAGGUUUUGUUGUAUUUAUUCUCAUAUCUCCAAAUGAUUAUGGAAUGACAUAUGCAAUAAAGUUCAUAUUACAUUUUUUAAGAAUUCUUCUUGUAUAUCUUUUAAGAAUAUAAAUCUCUGUAUUUAAACUCUUAACAUCUCAUAAUUUCCUUUGUUCACUGAUUUGUUUGUAUUUAAAAUAGUAAGUAAUCCAGUCUAAAAUCGAGCUUUCAGAGGCAGCUUUCCAUCAUAAACCUCACCAUGUUGUGCUUGAAGUGUCUGUGAUUUUUUGGGGCCUGCGAUGCCAGAGGGAUGGAAGGCUUCCUUUAUAAUGUCCAGUUUAAAAGUUUCUUGAUAUCAAAUUCUAUGUUGUUGCGUUUAGAGUCAUGGAAUUAGCCAUUUUCUUAAUUGUUUUUUAAUAUUUCCUGAUUAAUUGACAUUAUAGUGAUUUCUUGUUCGGAGCUGGAUAGGUAGAAAUCGUAAAUGUUUUUAUGCUGAGAAAUUGUCAAUAAGAAUAAUUCUGUGUGUUUUAGGAAAAAAAAUGUAAAUGGUAGAUAUUUUAACUUAGAACUGGAAGGAGAUUUUUCUUCUUCAAAGCCAAUUGUUUUUUGCAAGUGUAGAAGUAGCUGUAGUCUUGUCUUCAGUGUGCUUAGACGAGGGAGGAGAAGAAAAACUGUCAACAUUGUUUAUAUGUGCUGAAGAGUGUUUAGUCAGAUCAUAUCCUUUGUAAAACCCUGCAAGGAAGAUCUUUGCUGUGAAAACUGGCAGUGUUGUUUCUGCAUCAUAUAGCUCCUUACGUUGUGCUUUCCAGUUGAUAGUAAUACCACUUUGCUUUACUUUCUGAAGCAUCGAUGCUACAUGCUUUGGGCUUCCACAGAAGAAGGUAGAGAUUAUCCCAUAGUUCCUUUUGCUUGAAAUAAUUUACAUUUGAGGCAAACAAGGUGUGCUCUUCCCCAUCUUCUCUUAAGCUGUGAGACUUAAUUUCUUCAUGGCUUUUUGUAAAAGUGUUCUUUAAUGGAUAUAGUUUAAACCCAGAAAUCUUUAGACAUAAUUUGCUGUGACUUUUCCUCAUGUUUUCCUGUGUUUUCUUUCUGAAGUACUAAAGAGUGCCGAAACUUUAAAUAACUCACCAUAUGUGAACACACUUUAUAUCUGCUACUUUUAGGUGAAUUUUAAAGCUUUAAGAUACUUUUAGGGAAUCUGUCACUAACCCUUGGCGUGGUAUAGCCCUCUGCUAAGUUGACUGUGAAACCUCUCUGGAAAAAUGGAAUAUCACCUUCAGUCAUGUCAAAUUAUCUUUGAUAGUUUGGUGACUUAAUGUAAUUAAACCACAUCCUGGUCAGCUUGUUAUGAAAGAUGAUGACUUGGCAAGUAUACUUGGGUAAGCAUUAAUGCACUCAUAGUGCAUUACAGAAUAUUUGGUUUAGUCAUGCAUGUGCUUUGCUAGGUGGAAAUUUUUGUCUGCGUGUGUAGAGCACUGUAUUCAGAAGGCAGUGAAGCCCGCCUGAAGGGCUGGGCAUGCUUUUAAGACUAACUGAUGUCAUAAGUUUUCAGUAGAGACUGACCAUAACGUGCUGUAAAUUAAUUACAAUGUUUGCAUCAACAGAGGAUGUCUUACAGCAAAGACAUGGCAAACGUGGAAAGCUUAAUGCCAAAUAUGUCAGCAAAAACUGGAACAGGGACUUCUCCCAGUUUCUUCUUAAACUUGAGGUCACAAGUGGCCACAUAAAAAGUUUAUAAUUUGUUUUGCCACAGCUCUUGAGUAGGUUCAGUAGUUGGGACACUGGAACACAGCUUUUGUGGAACCAGGUCUGUAUAGAUAUUUGAUGGGAACUUGCCAAAUGAUUUGGCUCCACAGUUUAGAAAGUGGAAAUAGGUUUGGAGCUGUUUUAGCAGCAAAUAAAAUACUUGCCAAAUGUUGUCAUUUUGUGACUGAGAUGUCCAGAAUACGCAGCGGCUAGCCAAGGUGAUUUGGAAACUUUUGGUGUGCAUGCAGGUUGUUUGCUGGAGGUUGUCUCUCAGACUGGCAACACAACGGUUAACUCUCCCUGGCUCUGGGAGUGGAAGGCAAGUGGCAGCUCUUAAGAACAGGCAGUAUUUUCUCAAACAUAACAAUAAAGCAAAAAUGUUGUUUUUAACUACUGCAAAGAAAACAACAUGAAUGUUGUUCUGAACGUGUCGCAUAGUUACUGUUCCAAAUAACCAGUGUUUAUUGCACUGGGGCCAUGAAAUAUUCCUUUGUCCCACUUGUGCCUGGCUAUCUCUCAUCUCAGCUACUUCAAUUCCUCCUUUUUUGGCCUGCUCCUUGCUUUUUUGGCAUGCCACUUCUAACUUUGGUUUUCUGUUUCUGAUAAUAUCUCAUGAGUGGCUUUGCAUUUCCAUCUUGCAUUUGAAUGCCUCGUCGUUGCUUCUACGUUCUGCAUAAUUCUACAUCUGCCUGUAAUUGAUUUCUUCAUGUUUUGGCUCUUAUGAUAUUAUUAUUGGUAUUAGUACUUGCACCAGUACUCCACACUGAGUUAAAGAGCAAAUUUUAGUAUUGCAAACUGCAAGUGAGAAUCCAUUAACAUUACUGAAGUUUGAUUUUGUUACAGAUGCUUUGGGAAGGACCUUCUGACCCUGGUUCUGAUACUUCUGAAAUGAUUGCUGAGUACACAGUCUAAUUGUGUAUCUUGCUAUCAGGUGUUCGAAUACUGCUGGCUUUGAGGUGAGGGAGCACAUUAGUGCUGUAACUAGUGACAUUAACACAGCUUUCUCCAUCACAGAACCAUAGAACAGUUUGGGUUGGAAGGGACCUCAAAGACCAUCUAGUUCCAGCCCCCUGCCAUGGGCAGGGACACCCUCCACUAGACCAGGUUGCCCAAAGCCCCAUCCAACCUGGCCUUGAACACUGCCAGGGAGGGGGCAUCCACAGCUUCUCUGGGCAACCUGUGCCAGUGCCUCACCACCCUCAUAGUGAAGAAUUUCUUACGUAUGUCCAAUCUAAACCUACCCCCUUUCAGUUUAAAACCAUUGCCCCUUGUCCUGUCCCUGCGUGGUGGGUUUGACCCUGGAUAGCUGUCAGGUGCCCACUCAGCCGCUCUGUCAUUUUCCCUCCUCCACACAACAGGGAAGGAGAAAAUAAGAUGGAAAAAAAAGGAACUUGUGGGUUGAAAUAAAGGCAGUUUAUUAAUGAAAAAGCAAAGGUUGUGUGCGGAAGCAAUGGAAAACAAACAAAGUAUUCUCUACUUUCCAUCAGCAGGGGAUGUCAUUGUAAAAAUGAGUAUGUGAAUAGAUUGAGUUUGCUUAUAAGGAAUCAAGAGUUGUAACUUGAGGUCCUGCUCGUGCUCCGAGCCGAGAACCACCUUUAUUGCUGCCAAUAAAAAAGGGGGUUCAGC